AUGGAAGUGAGGUGCCCCGACGGCUCGAGGCGGCUCCUCUGGUCCAGGGGCCGGCACCCCGGGCACCUCCUGCACCCCCCAGAACCCCUGGGAAGCAGCAGCCCCCGGGCGGGUCGGGCCGCCCUCGGGGCCGCUCUGCGCGGAGCAGCGCGGAGCGGAGCGGAGCCGGGCGGGAGCCUCGUCACCAAGUCAACCAGCGCCGACUUGGAGAACAUUAUCUCCGAGGGUCAACACAUUGCAGCCCAAGCCGCAGAGAAGGCUCCCAAAUUUACCCCUUCGGCAAACAAUCUUGCGCUGGGCCGGCAGCCGCACCCUCCGUACCCCGGCGCCUUGGGAGCGCUCGAGCAAGGCUGCCCGCCGGACAUUUCUCCCUACGAGGUGCCCCCCAUCACAGAGGAUGUCGGGGUCUCGCACCUGCAUCACCACCACCACCACCACCAUCACCACCACCCUCAUCUUCCUCCUCCCCACCAGGACGCUCUGCCCUUCGCUGACGGGGCGGACGCGGGAGCCAUGGAGGAGCCCCGCGUGCAGGUGCCUUUCGCCUGGAUGAAAUCCACCAAAUCUCACGCCUGGAAGGGACAGUGGACCGGUGGCUCUUACGCGGUGGAGCAGGAGGAGAACAAGCGGACGCGGACGGCGUACACGCGGGCACAACUGCUGGAGCUGGAGAAGGAAUUUCUCUUCAACAAGUACAUCUCCCGGCCGCGACGGGUGGAGCUCGCUGUCAUGUUGAACUUGACCGAGAGACACAUAAAGAUCUGGUUCCAGAACCGGCGGAUGAAGUGGAAGAAGGAAGAGGACAAAAAGCGAGGGGCCGCCAACAGCACUGACCCCGAACAGGACUGCGUUGUGUCUUCUGCGGAGCUGCCCCCCAAAGAUGAUCUGCAACCGUGUCCCGCUGGGAACCUGCCCGCCGGGGCCUCCCGGGAGCUGCUCCCUUCCAGCAUCGCCCCUCGACGGCAGCAGGACUCGCGCUGA